AUGACCUCUGUCUCAAUUCCCAAGGGAACAAUCAAACUCUCCGGGCUCCUCUUCAAGCCCUCCAAGCCUUUUACCCCCAAGACUCCCGCCCUGAUCAUCGUCCAUCCGGGCGGCGGCGUCAAAGAACAAACAGCGAGCACCUACGCCAAAAAACUAUCCGAAGAACACGGCGUUACGACUGUUGCCUUUGACGCCUCCCACCAAGGCGCCAGCGAGGGCGAGCCACGCUUCCUCGAAGACCCAAACGCCCGAGUCAGCGAUAUCUGGAGCGUCGUCGACUACCUCGAGCGCGUUGACACCGUUAAUCCAGAGAAUAUUGGGAUUGUGGGUAUUUGCGCUGGAGGCGGGUAUGCCGUUGCAGCCGCGAAAGCCGACCAGCGCAUAAAGUGCGUUGCGACGGUUAGUUUGGUGAAUAUUGGUGACUCGGGGAGGUACGGAUGGUAUGGACAGGAUGCACCCGCGAAGCAGCGCGAUAUCAUUGUAAAGGCUGCGAAGCAGAUUAGUGCUGAGGGUAAGGGCGCUGCAUAUGAGACUGUGCCUUAUGUGCCGCCAAAGCUGGAGGAUAGUACGCCUGUUGAUCUGAAGGAGGCGCAUGAGUAUUAUCUGACGUCGAGGGGACAGCACCCGCGGGCGCAGAAUAAGAUGCUGCUACGGAGUGUGCCGCGGAUUUUAACUUUUGACGCGUUUAAUUUGGCUGAUUUGUACUUGAAGCAGCCUGUGUUGUUGAUUGCGGGGGAGAAGGCGGAGUCGAGGUGGCAUACGGAGAAGUUGGAUGAGUUGAUUUCCUAUGUUACUGAGAAAGUCAUCGUGCCCAAGGCGAGGCAUGUGGAUUUCUAUGACCGGGAUGAGUUUGUCAUCGUGCCCAAGGCGAGGCAUGUGGAUUUCUAUGACCGGGAUGAGUUUGUCGAUCCAGCUGUUUUGAAGAUUGCCCAGUUUAUGAAAGCUAGACUUGUUUGA